AUGACUAUCCUUCAGUAUGAAGGAAGUUCAAGAAUCAAGACACUACAGGUAAGAGCCCAAAGCAAAAUCCGAAAGGCUCACGCUCUUUCCCGGGGAUCCCACGGUUCUGUUCUCCCUCUGCUUGUACGUGAAGCCUUCAUACAGGUUCUUUCAGAGCUUCGCGUACCUUUAGUUCAAUGCAUUUCCGCUAAUUCUGAAAUAGCAUCUCUUGCAAAACAUUGGGGAUGUGCAGUUCUGACUAACGACGGUGACUUCUACAUCUUCGAUCUCAAAGGUGGCUACCUACCUUUUUCAUUCUUCCAAUGUAAUAACGUCAGCGGUAAGGCCACGGAACGCUACAUCCCAGCACGCAAUUUCACCAUGAACUGCUUCUGCUCACAUUUCAACCACAUAAAUAAGCAGCUCCUCUCUCUAUUUGCUGUUGUCAGCGGGAACGACUACAAAUCUGCUAAAAAAGAGUAAGUACCCUCCGGUCGGAAGUGUGGAUGUAGUUCCAGUCCUCGAAUCAAGGGCUUUUUGUUCUGGCUGACUCAGUUUACCAGCCCAGUAGAUGCUCUGGAGGAAGUCCUGGAGAUUUUGGGUGAACAACGGAAAGGAAACUUACGUACACAGCUCUCCGCAGGAAUGGAGGACUACCAGCUUCCUCAGAGAAGCAGUUUGGCUCAAUACUUCUCAAGUCCCCAACCAACACUUCCAGAUGUCCAGGGACUCCCAGCAGCAUUGGUUUCUCAACCCGAAUGGCUUUUAAGGAGGGUUGCAUCAGGUUAGCUGUCGUUCUUUGUUUUGGUGCUUGUACACCAGAAGGUUCUGUUAGUUGUGCAGGUUGAGAAUAGUAACCUGCCUAGCAGUCAUACAACCUCAAAGAAGACUAUCUACAGCCUCCUGCUUGGAAAUGCAAGACAGGAUAGUCAGACGACACAAGGAGUCAACCAGAGAGGAAGAGGAAGAAAAUCUCAGGGUUAAGGAGGACAACAGUGUCUCAUCCCAUGUGUUGAUGAAUAUGACAGACAAGAACUGAAUCUCAAGAAAAACACAGUGGAGGCACACCGAACCAGCUGUGUGCCACAGCUUGAUCUCGCAGCAACUGACAAGGGUUUUCAGUGGUACUCUGCUGCAUGGUCUUGAGGCUGCAAUAAGAGUGGGUCACCAGUGUGAGGCUCUGCUUACAGGGGACGCUGUUGCUUGGCAGCUCUACUGCGUCCUGCUAGAGGCAUUGACAGCUCCUGCAGAAUCAGCAACAGCAGCCGGGGGUCGAGCGGAGGGGCAGAGACGGCCUCAGCAUA